UAUGUAUAUAUCGUUCUCAGCCAUUAGCAAACCCCAAUCUUUCUCUCUCAUCUACGAAGAAGAUUCUUGAUUAAUUAAGAAGCUAGCAAACAUGGCCACAACGAUGAACAUAUUCUCCACCAAAUGGUCCUCUGAAGUGGAUAUAGAAGAGUAUAGCAUCAUCCACCAAUACCACAUGAACUCACUCAUAGGAGAUGUUCCACAGUCUCUCUCAUCUUUUGAUGAUACUACCACUUGUUAUAACUUUGAUGCUUCUUGUAAUGAUGAUUUAGUCGAACAGAAACCUUCAAAGAUCCUCAAGACCACUCAUAUCUCACCAAAUUUACAUCCUUUUCAUUCUUCCAAUCCUCCUCCUCCCAACCCUCAGCCGUCUUCUAGAAUUCUUUCUUUCGAAAAGAGAGGUUUAAAAUUUAUGAAUCAAAACUCCCCAAACCUAAUAUUUAGCACCAAGGAAGAAGUUGGAUCACCAGAGCUGACCACGAGAGAGACAAAGAGGGCUAAACCUUUGAAUCGAAGCCAAUCAAAUGCUCAGGAACACAUACUCGCCGAGAGGAAACGGAGAGAGAAACUUACUGAAAGAUUUGUAGCUCUUUCCGCCCUAAUUCCUGGCCUAAAGAAGAUGGACAAGGCUUCUGUGCUGGGAGAUGCUAUAAAGCAUAUAAAGUACCUCCAAGAGAGUCUCAAAGAGUAUGAGGAACAAAAGAAAGAAAGAACAAUGGAAUCAAUGGUUCUUGUGAAGAAGUCUCAGCUUGUUUUGGAUGAUAACCAACAAUUUUCCUCAUCUUCCUCAGAUGAAAAUCGCGACUUCUCGAGCUCAAGUCUUCCAGAGAUGGAAGUUAGGCUUUCGGGACGUGAUGUUCUUAUUAAGAUCCUUUGCGAGAAGCAAAAGGAUCAUGUGACCAAUAUUAUGGGUGAGAUUGAGAAGCUUGGUUUGUCUAUCACCAGUAGUAGCGUCAUGCCCUUUGGACCCACUUAUGACAUCUCUAUUAUCGCUCAGAAAGAUAGCGAUUUUGAUAUGAGAAUCGAAGAUGUUACAAAGAGCUUAAGUUGUGGCUUAUCAAAGUUCAUGUGAUGACAUGGUUUCACGUUACAAAUAUAUGCACAAGCAUCAUCUAUUAUUUCUCCGACUGACGAAUCCCAAGUUGAUCUUUUUUCCAUGAAAAUGGUUUUUAGUUGAUAAGUUUGUUUCAUGGAGGUUCAUAAGUCAUUUAUGGAACCUUGUUCUUAUUGUUUAAGUGUGCUUAAGAUACAUGUCAUCAAUUGUUAUAGUAGACGGGAUUUUUUUCGC